AUGACGACGGUUACUAUUGUAACUAGCACGCCUACAAUAAAAACUACUGUAAUUCCUAAGAAAACGACUACUGUAUUUUCUACGAUACCGACUACUGUAGCUUCUACUACAACGCCUACCGUAGCUUCUAAUACAACGGCUACUGUAGCUUCUACGGUAACUACUGCUACAUUGGCUACGACAACUGUGGAAUCUAAUACAACUACGGAGCAUUCUACAAUAAUUUCUAGCACUGCGGUAACGCCAAUAACUUCUGAUCUACCAAACUCUACUGAGACUACAACAGACAUAACAAGUCCUACUAUACCCAGUUCUAACACGACUCCAACGGAGAUACCUAACUCUACGACAGCGGAUAUAACUACCACUUCUACUGUAGGUAUUAGUACCACUACUGUCUUCGUAUCAACGACGACUACGCAGAGAACACCCACCAGUACCACAACACAUUUGUCGACUUUGAUUACUACAACUGUGACUAGAACUACUACGGUAGCUUCUAGUACGGUAAGUGUGCUGUUUAAGGCUCUUUUUAAAACUUUACUUUUUUCCCACUUUGCUUACCGUAACUUUUCUCGAAUUUAAUCUUACUGUAAAUUUUUACCCUAACCCUUCUCUAACUUUCAGACGUCCCAAGAAGAAACCACGACCACUGUCCUAACACCCAAAACUCGAACGGCACCGCCAGUUACACUACCUCCAGACGAAGACGACUCCCAAACCUACAUAAUCAUAGGUGUCUGCAUCGCCGUGUUCAUACUCCUGAUAUGCGGCAUUGUGGUAUUGUACUGCCUGUUCUGUAGGAAUCGGAAGCGUGACGAUGAUUCUUCGGAAAACAGUCCUCUAGUCCAUAGUAACUCCAAUACCGACCAGACUGUACCAUUAAUGCAUUCGAAGGCUAGCACGUUCAAGAACGACGAUGAAGAGUUUCCACCGUUACCACCAGUCAAAGCACCACAUCUCGAGCUAAAUAACAUCAAGUUCAAGGGAAGGCUGGAGCUUCCUGAAGUGUUCGUGCCUAUUUAUGUAGGUUUUGACAGGUUUUAAAUCAAUUUACUAAAGAUUUGAAAGCUUUAAAGGGCUUUUUAUAGGUAAUGUCAGUUUGAAAGUGAUUUCUUGAUUUUUAAGCUUUUAAAAUAUAAUUUUUCGAUCAAAAAGUUCAAAGAAUCCUUCAAAUAUCCCCUAAAACAAUAUACUGUUUCAGGAUGAUUCAGAAACUCCAGAUGCAAACCCAAACCAGCCGUUUGUCAUGUCGAAUAACAUGCAUGAAGCUGUGGAGAUAGGAUCAGAAGUCGAAAAAGUUGGCGAUAAAACCCCACCAAUCAGGCAGCGUCGCAAGUCCAAAGAUCACAAGAAUCUGAAGGCCAUACGAGACUAA